AUGAGUCUGAGGAAUCGGAAUUAAAAGGAACUACACAUGGAGCGUCUUAGAGGGUGAUGAAGAGCGAAUCAGUCCUCAUGUCAACAAAGAAGAAGCCAUACACUUUACAGCUUGGCUUGGUCACCGAUUAAUCUCGGGUCUGAUAUUGUUUUCGACAGCUGAUCCAAAAGGAGUUAAUGAGUCUGACGAAUCGGAAUCAAAAGCUCUGUUGUAGAUAGGCUCCUCUUCAAGUAUCUUGUCCAUUUGUUUAUAAAUUGGCUUUCACACCACGAAAUAAAGGAAAUUACACAUAGAGCUGCUUAGAGGAUGAAGAAGAUAGAGUAAGUCGUGAUAUCAACAAAGAAGGAGCCAUGAACUUUUACACUAAGGUCUACAAGAGGAGAUCAAAUCAGUUCUUAUAGAACUGUUAAUAGGCCAUCUUGGAACAAGGAGAAGGAUCCUGCAAAUUGAGAGUUUGGUGAAGACUUGUUGAAAUAUGUUGAUGAAACAUUGGUAGAAACCUGUGUUUGGCACUUUCAAAGGUGACCCGGUAAAAGAAACAGGAUCAGGUCUUUGAUCACGUGAAAAAUGCUUUGAAGAAGUUUGAUGAGGUUCAUCAUCUCUACAUUCAACCUCAGCUUGUGUUCUAGAGUCCCUUAACAACCUCAAGUUAUCUGAUCUUUUCGACCUCCCUGGUAAAAAUGUUACGAUGAAUCCGGAAAUUUUUAGCGGACUGAGUGAUGGGAACAAAGAAUGUGUGGAGAAGUUAAGAAGCCAUGGAACACCAAUGGCAUGUCUCAAGAGCAACGGAGGAGAUUCAAUCCUUCAUCUUGCUGCCUGAUGGGGUUAUCUAGAACUAGUGAAGAACAUGUGUCCAUGCCUUGUAUUGGAGCCAAACUCCAAGGAUCAGCUUCCACUUCAUGUGGCAGCUCAUGUCGGUCAUUCAGCUGUUGUUGAGGCUCUUGUUGCAGUAGUAACAUUUUUUUCAGAUAGACUUUCUGAAGAAGAUAGGGAGAGACUGAAUCCAUAUGUUCUCAGGGACAAAUAUAGAUAUAUAGAAGGACGCUAUAUGGAUAUGGCUGCCUGUCUGGUGAAUGCGAACCAGGGUGCUUCUUUUCUUGAAAAUAAUGAGGGAGUAUCUUCCUUGUAUAUGGCAGUAAGAGCUAGAGAUGCAUCUCUUGUGGAAGCAAUUUUGAAAACCACCGGCAACGAGGACCUUGAAGGGAAGAAGUCUAAUUUAGAUUUAAAGUUGCAAGGGAGAAACGAUCUUGCAAUACAUGCUGCUUUGAAGGCCAAAAGUAUAAGUGUCUUUGAUGUUAUUCUUAAUGAAUAUCCAAGUCUUGAGGAUGAGCAAGAUGAAGAAGGAAGGACUUGUGGAGCAUCAAUAGGGUUUUAUGAAGGAGUAUGCAACCUGUUAGACCGAUCAACAAAGAGUGUUUAUGUCUGCGAAGAUGGUUCCUUUCCAAUACAUACGGCUGCAGAGAACGGCCAUAUUAGAAUUGUUAAUGAGAUUCUAAAACGUUGUCCAGAUUCAAAACUCCUGCUCAACAAACUUGGCCAGAGCGUUCUCCACAUUGCAGCAAAGAUCGGGGAAGAUAAUCUUGUGAAAUCGUUGAUGCUAAGUAAUGAUACCAAACAUAUGGGUGUUAGGCAAGAUGUGGAUGGAAAUACACCUUUGCACCUUGCCACCUUAAAUUGGCGCUACCGAUCAAUAAGAAAUCUUUUGGAUGUAAAGAUACUGUAUUUACGGAACGAUAAUGGCUUAACAUCUAGGGGCGUUGCGGAGUCAGUGCUAAAAUCCAAUUACAUCUUUCACGAGAGGUUGACACUGGCAUUCUUAUUACAUGCUCACAUGUCAAAGGGUUCUGGAUCUGUAAAGUCGUUAACAAAACCAUCGGAGCCACUAGACCAUGAAAAGAGCAGAGAUUACGUUAACACUCUUCUACUGGUAGCCGCACUUGUAGCUACAAUGACGUAUGCUGCAAGUUUUACAAUACCUAACAGCUCUGUUCCACACAUUGGCAGGGCAACUUUGACCACUGUCCCAAAUCUCUUCUGUUUUCUGCUGUUUGACAUCUUGGCAAUGCACACCUCCGUACUUGCAACAAUAUGCACUCUUAUUUGGGCACAGUUGGGUGAUCCAUCACUCGUUUCCUCAUCCUUAAAUAUGGCCUUGCCCUUACUGAUAUUUUAUCUUCUCUGCAUGCCCUUGGCAUUCCUUUGUGGCGUGUUUAUUGCGAUUGGGCAUGUUAAAUGGUUUUUAGCCAUCAUUUCCUUAAUAUCUGCGUUCUUCUUCUAUCGGGCGAUCAGUAUUCUUGCCCCUCACGUCCUGCUACAGCUGUCAAAUGUUUCAUGUGGUUCUUAUCUCGAGGUGUUUAUGUAUUAUCAAUGAUCAAAUCUGGAACUAGUUUAGUAAGCGAAACACGAUGAUUUGUUUUAUGUCCAA